AUGGAGGACAGGAACAGGAAGGCCAACAUACUUGCUGUUUUGUCGAUCAUCCUGCUCCUCCUCGUUCCCCUCUUUGGCUACCGUUGUGUUCCCACUGGCCCUCAGUUCCUUCCUAACGGCUCCUUAGAUAAAUGGAUUUUCCCGCCAAGCGGAGACCGGAGUCGUCCUGGCGGUUGCUUGUCGUGGGAUUUGAGGUGCAGGGUAGCCGUUGAUGUAGCCAAGGCUCUCUCUUACCUUCACCCCGACUGCCGGCUGCCGGUUGCCGAUCUUGCACCUCGACGUGAAGCCGGAAAACAUUCUUCUCGACGAGAACUAGUUUAUGGACCCGUGCUGCUAGAGAUCAAUGGAGGUAGAAGAAGCGCCUCUGUGAUCAGUGAUCACAGGUGCAAGAGAAAGUUCCAGUAUUUUCCCAAGAUUGUUAGUCAGAAACUGAGAGAAGGCAGGCUAAUGGAAGUGGUUGAUGAAAGGCUGGUUGGGGGUGGAGGAAUUGACGAGGGGAGGAGAUGA